AUGCUUUCCAAUCUGCUUCAGGUCUGUGACCCCGUGGAACUCUUCUUCUUCUUCUUCUUCUUCUUCUUCUUCUUCUUCUUCUUCUUCUUCUUCUUCUUCUUCUUCUUCUCCGCCUCUCUUCUUCUUCUCCUCCUCCUCCUUUUUAGUACUAAGAUUCUCUCUCUCUCUUUCUUUCUUUCUUUCUUUCUCUCUCUCUCUCGCGCGCGCGCACGCGCACACACUCCCAUUCCGCCUCCACCUCCAGAACAUAUCAAUAUGAAAAUCUCUCUCUUUCGCUUUCUCUCUUUCGCACUUUCCCUCUCUCUCUCUCGAGCUCUCUCCCUCUCUUUCUUUCUCUCUAUCUUUCGCCUUUUAUCCCUCUUUCUUUCUCUCUUUCGCAUUUUGUCUCUCUUUCACUUUUUCUCUUCAUCUUUCUUUUUUCUUUCUCUCUCUCUCUUCUCUCUCUCUCUCUCUUUAUCCCUUUCGCACACGUUCUCUCACUUUUUCUCUCUCUGUCACACUUUCUCUCUCUCUCAUUCUUUCUCUUUCUCGCAUUUUUCUUUCUCUUACUCUUUUUCUUUGUCUCUCUCUCAUUCUCUCUCGAACUUUCUCUCUCUCUCUCUCUCUCUCUCUCUCUCUCUCUCGUAUUCAAAAUGGAAGCCUGGCUGCUAUUAA